AACUCCCUUUUACGUCACUUCCGCCGACGGUUAAUCAGGCCUCCGACGUCACUUCCGCUUCCGCUCUUGGAGUUUCACCUUCUGUCACCAUCAGCUGCACGAUUGGAUUAUGAGCCCCUUGAGGGAACGGAGCUGAUUGAAUGGAAGAUUCCUGCCGUCCAUUGCUGGGGGGCAUCUGAGUGAGGGGAGCUUUUGGUUUCUGAAUGCCGGGCACCCUAGCCAGAAGAAGAUGUUUGCCAAACUGAAGAAGAAGAUUGCUGAUGAGGCUGCUACUACCCCACGGCCUGGGGGGCUAGCCAGGAUGCCCAGAUCGAUCAGCAAAGAAUCUGUCACGUCAGCAGGAGCAGAGUCGGGGGACGAUUUCCCAUCUGAUGGAAGCAGCUCCAGAGAAGACCUCUCAUCUCAGCUGUUCCGAAGAAAUGAACAAAUACGGAAGCUGGAAGUCAAGCUAUCCGAUUACGCUGAACAGGUCCGAAACCUGCAGAAGAUCAAGGAGAAGCUGGAAAACGCGUUAGAGACGCAUCAAGAUUCCUUUGUGAAGAAACUCCAAGAGCAGAACGAGACACACCAGAGCAACAUGGGCAAGAUGGCGGAAGAGAUGAGCCUGACGCUGGAGAAGAAAGACCAGGAGUGUCGAGAAAAACUAUCCCAUCUGGAAAAGGAGAGGAAGCUCCUUUCGGCUCAGUUGCAAGAAAUGAGAGAACAGAGUUUGAAUCUAUUCCAGAAGAGGGAUGAGAUUGACGAGCUGGAAGGCUUCCAACAACAGGAGCUCGCGAAAAUCAAGCACAUGCUUCUGAAAAAGGAGGAGUCCUUGGCCCAGAUGGAGGAAGAGCUGAGGUCUUCCACCCAGGAGUUGCUACAAACACGAGACGAGCUACAAGCCUCACAGGACUUAUCCUCGCGCCUGGCCAGAGAAGUUCAGGAGCUGCAAAAACAGCAGGGGGACCUUACAGUGGAAAGGGAUGAGCUCAGAGAUGCCAGGGAGAGCGCAGAAAGCAAAAUCACCAGCUUGGAAGAGCGGAGCCAAGAGCUGCAAUCCUACGUCCAACGCCUGUCCGUAGAUCUGCAGGAGGCUCAGCUGGCUGCCUCUAGUGCGGAGAAGAACCUGGACGUGCUGCAGGGAGAACACAGAUCCCUGAAGCUGGAAUUUCAAGAGCAAAGGCAAAAGAUGGCUCUCCAAGUGGAGGAGAAGACUCAGCUGGUGGACCAACUGCAGGAGAAGGUAGCCGUCUUGGAGAAGCGAUUGGAAGGCAGCCUCUCCGGGGAUGAACAUUUUCAGGAGCUGUUCAGGGAGAAAAGUGCUCUCGAGCAAAGCCUGGAAGACACUCGACAAGAGCUCCUGACGGCCCAAACCAGUCACAAGGAGAGCCAAAAUCUCCUGGAAACUCAGAUCAGCCAGCUGAACUGCAGGUUGGCCACGGAAGAAGCGGGCCGGAGAGAGAAGGAGGAAUCCCUCCGGCAUCUCCAGGCGAGCAGGUCGCAGCAGCUGCAGGAUUUGGAACAAGCCCUCCAGCUGGCCAAAGAGGCCGUGGCCAGGAGCCAAGAUGAGCUCAGGGGGAAGGAAUUGCAGCUCCAAAAGCUGCAAGUAGAUCUGGAGUCGGAGCGGGUCAAAUCCCGAGAAGGCCUCUCUUCCAUGCAGUCUCAGUGGAUGGACCAAGUGAAGCAGCUGGAAAAGCAGGUUGCUGACCUUGAAGCUGCUCAGACGUUGGAAAGGGAGGCUGCCCGGCAGAAGUCCAGCCGGCUGGAGAAAGAAAACGCCGAUCUGAAGGACAGAUGUGGAGGAUUAGAAACUUCCUUAAAACGACAAGAGUCGGAAUUGGGAAGAGUCAAGGCGCAACUGAGCAGCAACACUGAAGCCUUGGAGGAGACAUCGAAACGGAGCACGUCUCUGCAGCAGCAGGUUUCAGAUCUGGCCUUGUCGUUACAGGAAAAGGAGCAACAGAUUGCAGCCAAAACGGACAGUCUCCUGAAACGAGAGGAAGAGGCAAAAUCCUUAAGGCAAGGCCACGACCUGCUUUUGCUGCAGAUGCACCAGUUGCAAUCCAGCCUCGAGACGUGCCAGGGCCAGGCUGCGGAGAAGGAAGCCGCCAUGCAAGAGCAGCUGCGGGUUCUCCAGGCGCAGCACCAGGAAGAGGCAGAACGCCUGUUCGCCAGUGAGAAGCAAGCCGCCGUGUUAGAACUGGCAUCUAUGGCUUUGGAAGGCCAGUUGCAUCUUUCGGAAGAUGGAGAGCAGGAACCCAACGGAGACCUGGUUUCCUCAGAUGCGGUCCAACUCCAGAAGGAGAACCAAGACCUGGAACAGCAGAUAGCGGAAAAAAACAAGGUGAAGAAUGAUAAAACACUGCAGCAGAGAAUGGCAGAGCUCAAAAAAACCUUGCAGAAAGAACUUAAAAUUAGACCUGAUGGUGAAAUCCCUGAAGUGCCCACGGCUGGUUUGACGGUAACAAACAACUCGGAUCUGAGCGAUUCCCGAGAGAUCAACUUUGAGUAUCUGAAGCACGUGGUGCUAAAAUUUAUGUCCUGCCGGGAGUCGGAGGCCCUUCAUUUGAUCAAGGCUUUGUCUGUGCUACUCAACUUCUCCCCAGAGGAAGAAAACAUGGUCAAGGAAACCUUGGAGUACAAGAUGUCCUGGUUCGGAUCCAAGCCGCUUCCCCGAGGGAGCGUCCGACCGUCCGUCUCCAACCCAAGGUUGAUGUGGUCCUGAAGCUGCGCCGAGAUGUUCUGCUCCGGUUGUUGGGUUUGGUGGGGGUGGUUGUUGUCUUUGUGAUUUUCUAUGAAAAGAUGCACCCAACAACGCUGGCUUUGACGGCGGUGACCCACAGCGUGCCACGAACUCGGGGUGGGGGACGAGGAAGAGGUUUACAAAGCUGACCUGUUAAAAGGGGCCUCUCUUGCCCCUGCCUUGUGGACCGAAAAGAGUUACUGUAGGUGGUAUCUAAGGUGCCUUUGGGCUUUGGCGGGCUACCAACAUCUCCAGCAGGGAUGUAGAAGCCUUUCCGACCUUUUCUGGUGGGAUGUAAUCCUUAAGGAGACGGAAAGCAUUUCGGCUUUCUCAGAUACGUACAUACCAAACCCCGCCACCUUCAGCCUAUUAACACUACAUCACGAAAGGUUACUAACAGGCUCAGUUGGAGGCUACCAACGGUUUGGGUGGGUGGGUGGAAGGAAGUAGCUCUAAAUAACUUUCCACCUGGCUGGAUUUUAUUGUUUCUUUCUUUUUUUUUCUUAAAAGAAAAACCGUUUUAAGCAGGCCUCCGCAGUGCUCUAGCUGGUUUUUUUUAACGAUUAAAAAAACCACCCCAGAUGUAUUGGUGGCAAAGGGGUUAGCCACCUAUUUUGCAGGAAUGGAAACUAUAGAUUUGGGCGCGUUGCGCACGGUAAAAAAACCAUCCGAGCGAUGAGUGGUUUUAAGACGGGCUAAUUGCAGCCACGCUCAUCCUCCGCCCGAAAGCAAGCAUGGACAGUUAAACCUGUAUGGCUGCUUUUUCCCCCACUCCUUUUUUUAAAAAAAAAACAAAUUCACACUCACAUCCUGGAACACUCGAGGUUCAUUUGAACUUUAAAGAACAAUGUUUUUUCCCCCACCCCAAAAGCCGACCGAAGCCAUACCUUUUGGGAAUAAAACUACAGUGUUUUUACGAAAUUAUUUAGAGACGGUGCAGCAGGCCCGUCUUUAAUGAUAAUAAUAAUAAUAAUAAAAAACCCUGCUAAUUGCAGUUCCGCGCCACUAUUUUCCUGCACAUUGCUAAGCAACGAGUAUCUUUUACACCAGCUGGGUAGUAGGCUGGUCGUCUUUCGAUUUGACGGAAGGGAAUGGGCAAAGGCUGGCCAGGUUCCCUUCGAGAUGGGGGUUCAGCUAAUUCUGUAGAAAAGAGAGCUUCCAUUGGCCGUUGUUUUGAAUUGUGAAGCUGGCCAGAGCAAGGCCGAGGGUUUGUAGCGACAAAUGCACUUUUCCUUUCCUUGUACAGAGAGAACAUAAAACUACUCCCAGGCGUAUGUAUGUCUAUAGGGAAAGCCUCUUCUCUGGGUAGGCCACUGUGUACAUAAUGGACUCUUUUUAACGAUGGAUGUGAUUGGCUUUGAGUGAGACCUAAUUUGUGGUACAAUACAUUUUCUUUCUUUU